GAGUUAGUUGAUGAACAACAAAGGGACAAAUUAAACAUAGGGUUGCAAAUAUAAACCCUCAAACUAUAUUUCGUCUUUCUCCUCUUCUCUGAAAAACCCUUAAACCCCGACCUCAAUUUUCCUUUUCUUUUCCUAUGAAUUCAUCUUGAUAGUUUAAUCUCCACUUCAUAUUUGUAGUGCAGUCUGGUUACUUCUUCAGCCAUGUUUUUGUCUAGAACGCUUGGACGAACACUCUUUGCUGCUGCUGCUAGAUCAAAACGUUAUGCCACUACAGCUCCUGCUGGUGGCAGAGAAGUACGCAAUCCCCUUCAGGAGUUCUUUGAGGCAGACAGGAGCCCAGAUGAUGACAAACCUGUUGUUUAUGGUCGGGGUUGGAAGGCUUCUGAACUGCGCCUGAAAUCUUGGGACGACCUUCAUAAGUUGUGGUAUGUGCUGUUAAAGGAGAAGAACAUGUUGAUGACUCAGCGUCAAAUGCUUAAUGCACAGAACUUCCGUUUUCCUAACCCAGAGCGCAUACCUAAGGUGAGGAAGUCAAUGUGUCGUAUCAAGCAAGUACUUACCGAGAGAGCGAUUGAAGAACCAGAUCCCAGGCGGUCUGCUGAGAUGAAGAAAAUGAUAAAUGCUCUUUAAUAACUUGAAAUGGACCUAUUCCUGUGAUGACAUUACUCGGUAUGUUGUUACAAUAGGACAUCUACAUUUGAAGAUAUAAGUUUGCUAACUUGAAGCAAUGUCCAAAAAUAUUAUUUUGAAGGAGUUUACCUUUUAAUGUUUGCUUUGUUCUGUAUUAGUCAGUCUGGAGGGAAUCUAAUGAAGCAUUCAUUAACUGGAUAAGGUGUUAAGUGAGUUACAGCAUAAUAUUUUGCUGCCUAAUUUCUAUUUUCCUACUUUUAGAUGUCUCAAACAAACAAGUGCUAGCAUAUUGUCCUAUUAGAGGUUGUGUAAAAAGCUAUUGAGGAA